GUGUAUCACAGCAUCCGCGCGCCCUCGUUGGUCACACCCCUAUGUUAAAUCACGCAUUCUCAUCCGCACACAUGCCUUGCGAGCCUCCGCAGCAUCAGCCCCCUGAUUGGACAAUAACCCCGGGUACAUUCGUUCUCGUCCGGCGCCCCGGGGAUCAUUUUAGAACCAAUCCAAUUGUCUAAAAUACACGAACUCGGCCCAUUCGGUGUCAUGAGCGAGCUAAAACGAAUGCACCUAUUAAUGCACCCGUUGGUUGACAAGCUGCGAUUGGUCGGUAUGAUGACAUAAACUCGAUUAUCAUUCUCCAUCUAUUUUCGGGGAACGCGGACAAUUUUGUUGUAAACGAAGCGCGUGCUUGAAGAGAAACGCAGAACUGGAAACAAACGUGCACCUUUUUAGUACCCGAUCCUCGUGGAUAGCCGUACAGGUCCAUUCCGCCAACAGCUAAUCAAUCAGACCAAACAAGCGUGGGUAUACAAGCAGCAGCCUUCUUUUUUUCGAUAAUCAUACAGCUACCACAAUUGUGUUAUUCAGCCAAGCGGCUGCCGCGUUGACUGGAUAGCAGGCCAAGCUGUUGAAUUCGAUGAGCGGAGGAUUCGAAGCAAUACUGCACAAGCUUUGUUUGCCCUAAAGGGCUGCAAGUGCAAGGAGCCAUAACUAAUACUGCUACAAGUAUUGUUUGUAGAAGAUAAUACAUGCUGAUAUAGAUGAGAACGCCCUUAUAAACAGUGUAGUGGAGUUACACAGCCUUUGUCUUGUGGUGCUUAUGAUUCAGCGGGAUGUUGGAUCGGAAGGGACCAGGAAUAACGGCCUGCAAAUGAAGGGACGCAAGUAGAAAUCGAGUAAUUAGUCGACUCCAUUUAAACGAACAGACUCAAUCGUGGUAUUUGCUUUUUCCCCUCCACAUUGCUUGUUCGUGUAGCUGCACUCUAUUGUGUGAGCAUCUUUAUUAUUCCCUUCGCUCUGACCAGGAUCCUGCUCGCUCGCCCGCCCGCCGCCCCCUCGGCCACAGCUGUGUAUUAACUACAUUUUUUUUAAUCGGCACGACACAGUUCGAUAUAAACAUGUGUUCUCGAGUUUGGUUUGUGACCGACCGGCGUAUCCAUCAGGAGUAUCCGCAAGUUCAGAUCCUUCGGGCUCUGAAACAGCGAUGCUCCGAGGAGGAUGUUGAAUUCCGCUCUCUUCUCAUGGACCAAAUCGUGCUCACCAUCAGCGAGGGACAAUUAGGUCUGCGGGUCGAGCAGGAGGUGGUGACGUCCUACCCUCAGGUGGCGGUGGUGCGAGUCCCCACCCCCUGGGUGCAGUCGGACAGUGACAUCACAGUGCUACGCCACCUGGAAAAGAUGGGCUGCCGGCUGGUCAACCGGCCCCAGGCCAUCCUCAACUGCGUCAACAAGUUCUGGACCUUCCAGGAGCUGGCCGGCCAUGGGGUCCCACUCCCUGACACCUUCUCCUACGGAGGACACGAGAACUUCCGCAAGAUGAUUGAUGAAGCGGAACCGCUGGGCUACCCUGUGGUGGUGAAGAACGCACGUGGUCACAGAGGAAAGGCGGUGUUCCUGGCCAGGGACAAGCACCACCUGGCCGACCUGAGCCACCUGAUUCGCCACGACGCUCCCUAUCUCUUCCAGGAGUACGUGAAGGAGUCUCACGGCCGCGACGUCCGGGUGGUGCUGGUGGGCGGCCGCGUCAUUGGCUCCAUGCUGCGCUGCUCCACCGAUGGACGCAUGCAAAGCAACUGCUCCCUGGGUGGCGUGGGGAUGAUGUGCCCGCUGAGUGAGCAGGGCAAGCAGCUGGCGGUGCAGGUGUCCAACAUCCUUGGCAUGGACGUGUGCGGCAUUGACCUGCUGCAGCUCAAUGACGGCUCGUUCGUGGUGUGCGAGGCCAACGCCAAUGUGGGCUUCAUUGCCUUCGAUCAGGCGUGCGGCAUGGACGUGGCGGGCAUCGUGGCUGAUUACGCCCUCUCACUGCUGCCUAGCCGCCUGACACGCAAGAUGUCGCUGCUCUCGGUGGUGUCCAGUGCCAGCGAGACUAGCAGCGAGCCUGAGGUGUGCCCGGUGCCCAGCAACGUACUGCCCGAGGCCGUGUGCAACAUGAGCGUGGGGUCCACUUCUAGUGAGAGCGACCCCGAGCUGGCCGAUACCACCCCGCAGCCCACGAGCCGCCAAGUUGGCUCCAGCCCGGUCCUGCCCAACCUCCCUGACCCGACCUACAACUUCAACACCCUCCUCGCCAACGAGAUCAAACUAUUGACUGAGUGAGCUGAAUACAGCCACGGCACACAUGCACACACACAGACACACUUACAAACACACACCUGAACACAUGGCGAUGGACAUUCCUGUUACAGAGCACACACACAAACUCCUAUACACGUUAUACAGGCAGGAUGGUACAUGCAAAAGCAUGAGCUGAACAAACAAAUAUUAAAUGAAAAAUGCCAUGACCACAGAAACUGACAUUACGAACACGCCUUCUCUUACUAACUCCCCCCAUAAACACAUAGAGAUCUGAGGCUGCUCCCCUGACUCUACUGCUCUUCUCCCCAACUGCGAACAACCCAGUUUUACAACCGCAGGUGGUGGCAGAAGUGGGAUCCAGAAGGUUAGAUGAAUUACUGAAUCUUUUUGUUUUCAAUUGCAUUGUGAGUGUGAGUUGAGUAAGAGCGUUUUUUGGGAGAACCCUAAAGAGCAUUGCAUACAUCAGCACAUAGUCAACCGAAGUUUUAUUUGUUUGCACCAAAGAAAACAAGUGAUGGACAACAAUACAGAUAAAAACACAUUUAAAAACAACUGUUUGCAGGUGUGGUUGGAAGCCCAAGGGCUUAUAUGAAAAUCACGCCAGUCUGUCACCCAAUUAAACUGAACACACACUACAAAACUGUAUUUUGGGGAAUGAGAAUGAUGCGUGGUAGUCGUUAUAGAUCAACCACUGAGUAAGUAGCCAGGCCUGAUUUACUGGUGGUGAAAUGAAGUGUUUUUCAAGUGAUUUUCUCCGUAACUGGGUGAGGGGUACAUACAGAGGACUAGUUAUACUGCCCACCAGCUCCAUGUAGCAGAGGACAGACCUGGUUCACCGUCACAGGGACUAUUAAGUGCAGAUUGGGGUCAAUUCCAUUUUAUACCUCAGUUAAAUCUGGAAAUGGGAUGAUUGAAAUUGACAAAUAAAAAAAUCACUGUCACCUUUCAUUCGUAUUAAAUUUACGAAUGGUCUGUAAUCAAAAUAGGACUUACCACCCAAUGCUGACAAGGAGCCCCUAAGCACGGGAUCAUUAGAAUAACAAAACUGACCUAGCACCAUUGCCAAGAGGCACCUUGUAUAGUAACAACACUACACGAUACCCUCUCAAGAGAUUCCAUCUAGAAAUGCAUAAGCAUAGGUCAAGCACAAUUGACCCUGAAACUCUAAAAUUGAGCGCUACUGUCACUUGGUUUUCAAGUUAAUGUUUUUAGCGGCUUGUUUUUAUUAGGAUUUUACAAGAACAAUAGUCAAACGGCGACUCUUUCUCUUCAUCUGAAAUAAAGCACUUUAAGAUAAACCGAUGAAUUGCGUGGUGGAACUACAUACUCGGGAGCAGGUUGACGUUUAUUGUCAUGAGGGUUGUCCUGGAGGCAGAACUGAGUGAUUUCCCCUUUAGAUAGGCUAGCUGCAAAGUCAGAUUUGUCGAUAUUGUAAAAAUUCUUGAAAAGUAAAAUGUGCUUUUUGGUCUCAAUUUAGGAUUAGAGAUGUUAUGAUUUUAUGGCUGUGCUAGCUAGUGACCAUUCUGCAGAGCUGCCUCCAGAACAAUAUUCAUGACGAAAAACGAUAACCUGAUACUUUGGAGGCAAGUUCAAUCCGUCUAGAAGCUGUCACUACACCUACAAGAAAAAUAUACCUCAAUACAGAAAACUUCUCACUGCCAUAGAAUAAACUACUUUGAGUCAUACAUAUCAGCCAGCAUCCUUGACUUUACAAGAUGUCCCUCCCUUGAUACAUAGGGCGUAGAUAUACUGUAGUCAAGUACAUUUUUUGUAAAUAAUAAUUUUAGAAGUGUUCAUGCUUACUAGUCUCUGGCUGAUAUGAAAACCAUAAGGGCUGAAAUAACUAACUUUCUCAACUUAAACAUUUUGGUAAACUUGUGUAGAAAGAUUGGUUUGUACAGAACUGCAAUGUCAGAAAUAAAUGUUUUACAAAAAACACGAGUGCUAACAUUUCUGUGGAUUUGGCUAAAUGUGUUUAAUCAGCCCAAUGUUUUGGCCGGUGAUGAAUUACUGUUUAUUCAACUCAAGUGAGGUAAUCUUCAUAAACGUGUUGUACAAAUAAAAUGCAAAACAAUACUUACUUUUUUUUACAGUGUGUUUGAUAGAAUGUUACUUUUUUUAUUCCUCAAAAGGAAAACUUCUCCAGGGAUAUCUGUUGGUUACUUGCGGUAAAUCUACCACUCAGCCUUCAAAAAAUACCUAUCCUCUAGGUAUUAACUUUGGGGCAUCCAUCAUCAACCAAAAAGCAUUCGCUGUAAUCAUCCAAAGCACAAGCCACUCUACUUUGUGCCACUUAGUGACUAGCUACAGCAUAGUGUUGAGGCAUAUAUAUAAAAGGCUUCGAUGUCAAACCGUUGACUCUAACAUAACUCAGGGAAGCAGCCUUGAUCUCAUCCCCACUCCUAAGGCAUGUGACAUAUCCAUCCUAGCUACAGAUCUGCCUAAAAUGUGUAUUGAUGACAAACAAAAAAGGAUUUGUAACUAUUAAAAGAUGCGUUGUACCAUUAAGGUUAACACUCACUUUUUUUCCUUACUUGUUUUAUAAUGUUCAGUGUUUUUUCCACUAAUUCAUUUCUGGUAUUUUUUAAGGAUGUGGUUUGUGUGCACUUAUCUUGUCUCAAAUAAAGUGAGGCCGCUGUGAAGCAUGGUUUUUGUGGGGGGCGAUUUACUAACCAGCUGGAAUCUAAUGGAUCUCCAUGAGGAAGAUAUCACGAGUAUGCCAAAUGUGAACACUGCAAAUCAUUUUUGGGAAAGUUUUAGGGACAAUGCAGUCAAGUAUUUCAGCAAGCUCCACUGGGAGGUAACACCAUUUACAGUACUGUGAUUUGUCCAACAUUAUGAAAUAUCUAUUUGAGUAAACUGAAUCCCCUGUACUUGAAAUAGGGCCAGGGGGUCUGAUCAUCAAUAAGUCUAAGUCACCCUGCUUCCACAGUUUCUGGGUGACUGGUCUACAAUUGUUGUUGUCCCUUUUAUUUUCCCAAACGUUACGUUUGAUGUGUUGUCCUGUAUAUCAAGCCUGUGUCAUUCCACAUGUAUACUAAAGAGAAGACAUCCUAGAGUCUAGACCAGGGGGCAAAGUACGGCCAGUCGGGCACUUCAAUCCGUCCCUCGAGACCCCUUUUUUCUCCCCAAUUUUGUGGUAUCCAAUUGGUAGUUACAUCGCUGCAACUCCCGUACAGACUCGGGAGUGGCGAAGGUCGAGAGCCGUGCGCUCUCCGAAACACGACCCAGCCAAGCUGCACUGCUUCUUGACACAAUGCCCGCUUAACCCGGAAGCCAGCUGCACCAAUGUAUCAGAGGAAACGCCGUACACCUGCCGACCUCGUCAGCGUGCAUGCGCCCGGCCCACCAUAGGAGUCGCUAGAGCACGAGGGGACAAGGAAUCUCGGCCUGCCAAACCCUCUCCUAACCCGGACGACGCUGGGCCAAUUGUGUUCCGCCUCAUGGGUCUCCCAGUCACGGCAUGCUGUGACACAGCCUGGGAUCGAACCCGGGUCUGUAGUGACGUCUCAUGCACAGCAAUGCAGUGCCUUAGACCGCUGCAACACUCUUGGGAAGCCACCGCAAAUUGAUUUUAACAAACAAUUGGUCCCACAAGAAAUGCGGCCCUCCAUUGAAAUUCAAAAUCCCGAUGUGGCCCUUGAGCCAAAAAGUUUGCGCACCCCUGGUCUAGACCUUAAUACCAGCCAUAGGAAAUAAUGAAGGGAUUACCAUUUUCUCCAACAUAUGCAUUGUUGAAAUAAUAAUAAUAGUCCUAAUUACUACAUUCAUAUAACCUACAAAGCAUAUCUAUGAUAAUUUACUCUAUGGUUUAGUAUGUGUGUCCAAAAGAACUUUAAAUGCCUUAUCCCAUUUACUUUGUGGAAACUGAUAGGGAAACAAUGAAUGAUUCAAAUUUUCCUGAAAAAACGGCCCCCCCUACACACUCUUUUUAUUCACAAAUAUGCACAGAAUUGGAAACAUCUUUGAAAAAUGUGGUUGGCGUUGUAAGGCAUGAAAAAUGUUUUUAGCUUUGAUUUAAUCUAUCCGGUCUUUUCUGAUCAGUGUCCACCAUAGGAAGGAGACAAAGAACCAAUUGACGAGAACAGGUUACACUGCCUAGUCUAUAUAUGACAUGGAUAAAGCUAGUAAUUGGUAAGUAAUGACAUGGUCCUGGUUUGAUGAUGUAGCACUCCAGCCUGUUCUGUACUGAUGUUAACGUGCUAGUCGGAACAAGGAAACUCGUAAACUUCCGACUUGCUAACUGGUUGUAGUUAUACAUAUGCCGUGUUAAACUAGUUAGCAAAUCAGACAUUUCCGAGUUUCCUAGUUCACUUGUGGUGAGUGAAGGGUCUGUGACCAAAGUCACUAUUUAUUUCUGAAUUGCUGCUGAUGUAUAUUUGGCUCAAUUAAGGAAUCCAAUGUGUUUCUGAGUUUUUCAGUCUCUCAACACCUGGUAGUUAAUCUGAAUGCCAAAAACAAGCAUGGAUGUUAAAAUCAACACUAAUAAUACUAGUAGUGAAAUUAUUAACAUUGAUUCUUUGUGUUUUGAUAUAAAGACAUGACUUGUACAUAUGUAGGACUUGAAAGAGUCCUUCAUUUCAUCCAUCAAUGUGUUCAGAAAUGAACCUGAUGUUUGCUCUAAGGUUUACAAUAUUGAUUGAUAUAUUAAAUUGAUCAAUAAAAAACUGCUUCUGUUAUACCA